CUCACUGCCUCCUCACAUGGCAGGACUUUCUCCUAGAUAACACAUCAGGCGCAAAAAAACCUGAGUUUAAUCGAUCUUUUUUCGCUUUACUUGAGCGAGGGGAUGCCCUGCCUCCACUCCGAAGCGCUCGAGUCCAUGGAGCCUGGCAGCGCGACUCCCGGGGCAUCUCCUGCCGCUGGGACGGAGGAGGAGUCUUUCCGCAGGGAAACGGUGAGCGAGCCGCCGAUGGGGAGAGGCAUGGGCUGGUUCUUCUCCCCGCUGUGGAGCCCUCGCUCCAAGGCGCGUAGCAGGAGGUUUGGAGACGGUAUGAGAAGCGACCAGGUGGAGGCAUGGUUGGACGAUCACUCUGACUUCACGAGGGCGUACUUUUUACGCAGAGCUUCAGUGGUCAGUGGUCCACAGGUAGAGAUGUCUCCUCUGCCCAGGUUUCCCAGGAGCAGCUCUGAUCACUCUGACCUGCUUAUGAAAGCUUGUCAUCGCAGAGCUUCAUCUCCACUGACCAGCUCGCACCUGAACAUCUCAUCUUUAACAGACAGGCUCAAACCCAUCGCCUCCAAUCUCAGCGCCCCCGAAUGGAUGGAUCAUUACAGUCCAGAUGUACUGGGCAAUCACUCACCUUGCUCCCCUCGCUCCUCCCGCUUCUCCUUUUCUCCCUGUCGGCCUCUUUCUCCCAUCUGUCCUUGCUCUCCCGACUUGCCCCUCUCUCCUCAACCUUUGCAUCCUGCUGUUACAAAGACUGCAGCCUGUGGAAGAGAUGAGGGCUGCCCAUGGAUGAUGGAGCUCCUGAGAGGAGGCCUCAGCUGGAUGGGUUCCGUAGUCGAGCUCUGCCAGGGGGCUGUCCUGCACGCUGGGGAGCUGCUGGCAGCUGAGGGCAGCUGCCUCUCUCUAGUAAAGAAAGGUUGUGGUGGAAGGAGCACCUUGGAGGAGGUGAUUGCCCCGACAGCAUUGGGAUGCUUGAGCGAGGGCAACAUCUGCAGCCGUGCCCACCUGGAGCUGCUGAGGGGUAUCAUGGGAUGUGUACUAGCUACAGGGUCACCAAUGAACCUGAAGGACACAUCAGAGGACCCGAGGUUCGACUCAGAUGAAGAUCAGCCAUCAGGCUUUAAGAUAAGAACUGUUUUGAGUGUGCCCAUCAAGAACCACAGGGGAGAGGUGGUAGGUGUCGUGGUAAUGAUCAAUAAGAGAAGUUUUGGAGAUGGAUCGGUUUCUGUUUUUACCAGCAUGGAUGAGAAGGUGCUGUCCAAUCACAUGGAUGUAUUGGGGAUGGUCUUGGAUAAUGUCCAGCUGUAUGAGAGCUCAAGACAGGAGGCCAAACGCAGUCAGGCCUUGAUAGAGAUGGCCCAGGUAUUGUCAAAGGAGCAUCAUUCCUUUGAGGUUCUGCUGAGUAAGAUGGCGGCUACCAUCAUGCCCUUCACACAUGCUCAGUAUUGCACCAUCUUCAUCCCCAGCGAGCAAACCUCAGUCAUCGCAGAUGAUCAGAUUUCGUUCUCACGAGUGAUACAUCUGGAGUGUGAGGAGCUUGGAUCAACCUGCCAGAUCUACAGAAGGGAGCGUGACAUCAGCGAUAUAGAUCCAUCAUAUGCCCUUCGAACUCUGGUCACUAUGGAAACACUUAAUAUGUCGGAGAGUUGUCAAGGUUCAGUAAAGAGUCUGAUCUGCUGCCCUGUUAGAAAUGAGAGGUCUGAAAAUGUUAUUGCGGUGUGCCAGCUGAUGAACAAACGCAGCAGAGACUUAGAUGACAUGGAGGCCUUUAACAAAUAUGACGAGCGCUUACUGGAAGACCUGGCAGUGUACUGCGGCCUGGCUCUGCAGUAUGCUCAGGCUGUGCAGAUAACUGAGGAGCGAAGGGCCAGUAUAGAGGUCACACAGGAGGUUCUUGCCUACCACAUUACCGCAGCAGAGCAGGAAAUCCAGGCAUUGCAGGAGGCCACUGUUCCUUCUGCUGAAUCAUUGCACAUUCUAGAUUUCCAUUUCUCUGAUUUUGGCCUGCCAGAAGACCUCACCACGCAGGCCACCAUCCGUAUGUUCCUGGACCUCAAUUUAGUGCAGGAGUUUAACAUGGAUUACAAGAGUCUGUGCCAGUGGGUCCUGACUGUGAGGCGUGGUUAUAGGAACAACGUGCCUUAUCACAACUGGAACCAUGCGCUAAGCACCGCACAAAGCAUGUUUGCUAUGCUCAUGGCCACAGACCAAUUGCAGACUAUUUUUUCCCGUCUGGAGAUAUUAGCAUUGAUGAUAGCCACUCUGAAUCAUGAUCUUGACCACAGAGGGGUCAGUAACUCUUAUAUAGAAAGGAGUCAACAGCCUUUAGCUCAACUAUAUGGGCACUCUUCUCUUGAGAACCACCACUACAAUCUGUGCCUCUUCAUCCUAAAUAACACUGGGAGUCAGAUUCUCAGUGGUCUCUGUAAGGAAGACCACAGAACUGUACUGCACAUGAUCAAAAGGGCAAUCCUCGCCACUGACCUGACCGUGUACAUGGAGAGAAGGAGUGAGUUCUUUUCUCUCGCUAAGAAAAGCAGAGUGAGCUGGAAGAGUGAGAAACAAAGAGAGCUGUUAAGGUCGAUGUUGAUGACGGCUAGUGACCUCUCUGCAAUCACAAAGCCUUGGCCUGAACAAAAAAGGAUUGCCAGCCUGGUUGCCAUGGAGUUCUUUGCGCAAGGGGACAAAGAGAAAGAAGAGUUCAAAAUCAAACCCAUUGACAUUAUGAACAGAGAAAACAGCACUCGUCUGCCAUAUAUGCAAGUUGAAUACAUUGAUGAGAUCUGCUAUCCACUCUACAAGGCUGUGUCAAGACUGUUUGACACCUGCUCCCCGCUGCUGAAUGGUUGUAAGAAAAACAGAGAAAACUGGCUGCAUCUUGCAGAGGAGGCAGUGGAGGACAACAGCGAAAAUAGUAGUAGUGUUACCUUGGAAACGCAUAAAAACAAUAAGGAAGAGACACAGCCAGAGGAAUAGAGGACUGGACUAAAGUUGAAGACAUUUAGCUUUGGAAGCAAAAAAAUAAUUUCAACUAUACUAAUUUAUUAACUAUAUAUUGACUGCCUACCAAAUGUGUUAAUGGGUUGCACAAUAAUCUUUACUAAUGUAAGAAAUGCUGAAAGCAUUUCAUGCUGCAGUAUAUCCAAUGUAAACCCUAUCAAGUCCUACAUUAAUCUUUUUCCCCAUUUUUAAAAGAUUAAGCUGUGAAAGUCUACAAUAUGAAACUGAUCACUUCCAUAACACAUCUAUAUUUUUCUCUGUGCUGUACUGAGUUUUAUGAAUGCAUACAUAUCUAGAUUUACAAAUACUGUAAGAUUUAUAAAUGUUUAUCCACAUUUGAAAAUGAAAAAAAAAAAUGUUCCCACGAAUUAUCAAAUCAGGUUCUAGCAUCUUGUGAUUUCUUAAUCGAACUUUUGAUGUACUCAGAGGUGAGAUUUGUGCUGAGAUUUACAAAUGUGUUAUUCUGUUUAUAAUAAGAAUUAUCAGGAUUGAUAUAUUCUGUUUUAAUGCAGCAGUCAGAGACCAAACAACUAUGAAGCAUGGCCACAGGCCAGCACUGGACUGUGAGGCUUGCAGGGGAUUUUUGACACUGUGCUAAUGCUAUUAAGUGUCCACUGUCUGGGGUCAGAAUUGCUAGAGUAGCCAGAAAAUCUGUAAAAUUAUGGAUACAAAUUUCCAUGUCAUUUCCAGAUCCUGAAAAUAAAAAGUCA